ACAUGCUGGUUUGUGUGACCUGAGAGAAGCACCGAUGAUGCGAACAGAAUACCGCCAUAUAGGCACCCAGAUUCCAGCUGCGACUUGAAAAUAUAAAUACCCUACCGUCCCUCGUCAUUUUGCCGUAUCGAUCAGAUACUUUAAUCUCCCCAGACUUCAAGCACAUCGCAACUCAAUCUACCUCCUUGUUUUCAGUUGCGUCUGCUGCCCCUAUUCCCUCCAAAAUGCUUGUUUACCAAGGCAAAUUGAACACCAACACCGACUACGCGACCGAGGAUGAAGUCAUCACCCUUACAAUCAGUGGCGCUCUCGAACAAGGAUCACCUGCUGUGAUAACUGGACAGUGGACUGUGAGCUACGAGGGGGUUUCGAAGGAGAAUUACACCCAGGCUGGCACCAUUACUACCCUGGAGGAUGAUCACAUUGAGCUUUACGUCGACGAAGACAAGUACUACUGGUUUAUCGGGACCGUAUCAGACGAAAAGAUUGUUCUGGACAUGAAGAGUCCGGACUUAGAGGACUAUGGGCAUGCUGAGCUGUCUCUUGUCUAUUCCGAUCAAUAGGACCUCCAUGAUAUUGAAAUGGCCAGCACAGCUAUGAAGACGGGUUAUACUAUUUUCGAUCUAUGGACAGCCCAGAACACCAUAUAGUCUCCGCUUCGUGGUUUCUUUGCUAUACCUCGCUAUUGAGAUUCUCUAUUACACUUUG